GCGGGUGCUGGUGCUGCCGCCGAGUGCGCCUGCGGGCGCUUGCGAGACGGCGGCCUUCGGUUGCUGGUCGUUCGGGCUCGUGGUGUGGUCGUCUUUCUCUGUGGUGAUCGGUCUGAUCGUGGAGUUGGGGUCGAUCGACGAGCCGGGGGUUCUCGAGAUCCAGAUGCAGCUGGUGGGCUGCGAGAGUGGCUACGCGUGGGCCGUCAUCGGCCCGGACCUGAGCCUCGGUCUGAUCUGCUUCAAGGCGAAGAUCGCGAUCUUCACGGACCCAGUGGAAAGUAUUCGUUGGCGGCCGAUGCCUUUGGUAUCUUUAGUGGAGAGGUACGCUUACGCGAGCCAGUUGACGGUGGGCUUGCGGUUGCGGACGAUGCUGACGUUGCCUUUGUACCGCCCCAGCAGAUAUGGUCAGCGGGCGAUGGCGGUGAAGGUGUUGUCUGCCGUUGUCCAGUUGGUAGCUUUGUCUCUCCCGACGCUGAGGUGGUGUUUGAGGAGUCCCGAGCUCUUCCUGGGUGUGCUGGCCGCGUGGUUCGUAUGGUCCAAGCCGACGGCGGUGCUGGGUCUGAUCGAGUAUCCGAAGGAGUUGGGUGUGUACACGAUCCGCUACUGGGACACGGCCAAGGAAGCGUUCGUGGUGAGCUCGGAGGUCGUCCAGGUUCCCGAAUGGGCGGACGGGGGCGAGCAUGGAGAGUCUUGUAUUGGGUCCUCCACUGAUUCGAGUUUGGGUGUGCCCGUCGAGUCGGUGGCCUUCGCUCCUGCGUCCUUGCCGCUGCCUGGUUACCCUUUGGGUGGGGAGAAGACGGCGUCGGUGAAUCAGCUGGGCGAUCUCGUGGAGUUCCCGAAGGCCCGGACGGAGGUGAUCACCGAAUCCAUGACGGCCGCGCGGGCGAGGGAGCUGUUUCGAGACGUGCGGUGGGUUGGCCUGGGCCCCUUCGUCCGCGCGUAUGCCGAAGGCCACAAGCAGGUGAUCGAUGGCAUGAUCGCCCGUCUGGACCAGUCCGAGGUCCACCUGAAGGAGGAGGCCCCUGCGGAGGCGAGUGUCGUCGAGAGUGUGGCUGCGAUCGGGGGGACGUCUGCUUCGCCUCCUGCCGUCGUCGUGCGCGGAUCGCCCGCCGCGACCACCCCCACUACCGUGAUGGAGACGCCGCUGAAGCGAGCUGCCACCUCACAGCCGGAGGUCGUCGGGGUUGCCGUCAAGCGGAUGCGCUUCGAGGAUCAGUUGCCGCAGUUGUUGUGCAAGUGGCAGCUGGACGAGUACCAGGAAAUCAAGCCCGAGGAGUGGAACCGUCGCAGGAAGACGGCCGAUGCCUGGGCGCACGACUUCAUCCGGUGCCGUGGGCUGAACGAUUGUCACAUGGCGCGGGAGAUGAUCACGGCCUUCGUCGCGGUGGACACGCCGGUGAUGACCGACCGCCAGAAGGUCUUCCUCCACCUGGUGAGCUUCGAGUGGCGGGCACGAAUGGCGUGCGCUAUCAUGGGGGUCGACCGCAACGUCCAGAGCCGCGACGACGGGAGGCGUCUCCAUGCUGCCAAGAACUGGAAGUCGGAGUUGGCCUGGGAGGCGGCGUACCGCUUGGACCCGCAGUUUACCGACGAGAGUACUAUUCGGGUGAUGAUCGUCGAGGAAGAGAUGAAGAGGGCCAUGGGUCGCGACGCGGAGCUGAUGGAGACGCCCGCCGACCUAGACGGUGGCGCGGUAGCCCCGCCGUGA